AUGGAGCACUUGGGACUUGCCAACUUCCCAGCUCCUUCAGUGGGAGGAAGUUUGCGUUUGGGUCUUGAGGGCUAUACAGCUGUUGAGGUGACAGAUAUAACUGUUGAGGUGACAGAUACAACUGUUGAGGGGACAGAUACAACUGUUGAGGUGACAGAUAUAACUGUUGAGGUGACAGAUACAACUGUUGAGGGAACAGAUACAGCUGUUGAGGUGACAGAUACAACGGUUGAGGUGACAGAUACAACUGUUGAGGUGACAGAUACAACUGUUGAGGUGACAGAUACAACUGUUGAGGUAACAGAUACAACUGUUGAGGUGACAGAUACAACGGUUGAGGUGACAGAUACAACUGUUGAGGUGACAGAUACAACUGUUGAGGUGACAGAUACAACUGUUGAGGUAACAGAUACAACUGUUGAGGUGACAGAUACAACUGUUGAGGGGACAGAUACAACUGUUGAGGUUACAGAUACAACUGUUGAGGUGACAGAUAUAACUGUUGAGGGGGACAGAUACAGCUAUAUAACUGUUGAGGUAACAGAUACAACUGUUGAGGUGACAGAUACAACUGUUGAGGUGACAGAUACAGCUGUUGAGGUGACAGAUAUAACUGUUGAGGUAACAGAUACAACUGUUGAGGUGACAGAUACAACUGUUGAGGUGACAGAUACAACUGUUGAGGUAACAGAUACAACUGUUGAGGUGACAGAUACAACUGUUGAGGUGACAGAUACAACUGUUGAGGUGACAGAUACAACUGUUGAGGUGACAGACACAACUGUUGAGGGGACAGAUACAACUGUUGAUGGAACAGAUACAACGGUUGAGGGGACAGAUACAACUGUUGAGGUAACAGAUACAACUGUUGAGGUGACAGAUACAACUGUUGAGGUGACAGAUACAACUGUUGAGGGGACAGAUACAACUGUUGAUGGAACAGAUACAACGGUUGAGGGGACAGAUACAACUGUUGAGGUGACAGAUACAACUGUUGAGGUGACAGAUACAACUGUUGAGGUAACAGAUACAACUGUUGAGGUGACAGAUACAACUGUUGAGGUGACAGAUACAGCUGUUGAGGUGACAGAUAUAACUGUUGAGGUAACAGAUACAACUGUUGAGGUGACAGAUACAACUGUUGAGGUGACAGAUACAACUGUUGAGGUAACAGAUACAACUGUUGAGGUGACAGAUACAACUGUUGAGGUGUCAGAUACAACGGUUGAGGGGACAGAUACAACUGUUGAGGUGACAGAUACAACUGUUGAGGUGACAGAUACAACUGUUGAGGUGACAGAUACAACUGUUGAGGUGACAGAUACAACUGUUGAGGGAACAGAUACAACGGUUGAGGUGACAGAUACAACUGUUGAGGUAACAGAUACAACUGUUGAGGUAACAGAUACAACUGUUGAGGUGACAUAUACAACUGUUGAAGGGACAAAUACAACUGUUGAAUUGACAGAUACAACUGUUGAGGUGACAUAUACAACUGUUGAAGGGACAAAUACAACUGUUAAAUUGACAGAUACUAACCUAUAA